CUGAGGGAGGAAGAGGAGCAGAAGAGUCAGAUGAUGAAGGAGAAGAUGGAGGCUUAGAGCAGAGAGAUAGCAGCUCUGUCACACACAGUCAGAGCCACAGAGGACGAGCUGAGAGCUGAAGACGUCUCAUUCCUGCAGAACUACAAGGUUACAGUGGAAAGAGUCCAGCAGCGCCUCCUGCUGGAUGAUCCACAGCUGGUCUCAGGAGCUCUGAUAGACCAGGCCAAACAUCUGGGCAACCUGACCUACAACAUCUGGAACAAGAUGAAGGACAUGGUCUCCUACAGUCCUGUGAUUCUGGACCCAAACACUGCUCAUCCAGACCUCAUCCUGUCUGAGGAUCUGACCAGUGUGAGUCAUGGAGAGAAACACAAGCUUCCUGACAAUCCAGAGAGGUUUGACUAUUAUCACAUCGUCCUGGGCUCUGAGGGUUUCACCGCAGGAAGUCACAGCUGGGAUGUCGAGGUCGGAGACAAUACAGGCUGGGUCCUGGGUUUGGCAGCAGAGUCUGUCCAGAGGAAGGGAGUCAUAAAGUCUAGAUUGUGGUGACUAGGAUUGUGGGGAUCUGAUGGUGACACUGCUGCGUAUUCACCAUCAGAUCCCCACAUUGUUGUCUCGGUGAAGAAGAAGCUCCAGAGGAUCAGAAUUCACCUGGACUGCGACAAAGGGAAACUGUCGUUCGUUCUCUGAUCCUGAUGCUAACACACACAUACACACCUUCUCACUCACUUUCACUGAGAGGCUGUUUCCAUACAUUAGCAAUAGUAAUGUUCUCCAACUAAAAAUGUUACCAGUGAAGGUCUCUAACACUGAAAUAGCUUAGUCGGUGAUAGAGAUGCGGUGUUAAUAGUAAUCAUUUUUUAAAUAGCAAUACUCAACAAUUACAAGUCAUUUCAAGAUAUCUUAUUUUCUUUCUAUGUAUGUUUACAUGGGUGAAUUUCAAAUACUCACGUAUAGGCUUACAAUGUGGCGCUGAAAGGUUUGAUGCUUGCCCCUUUUUUCACUUUGGAUUUCCAGAACCUACAAUAGAUUCCUAUGUCGACCCAGAGUCACAGCAAAAUGCGCUGUAUCAAGAAGUACAUGUAAACUUCUCAAAUCACUUCAACAUAACCAGCUUCUCUUUGGUUGAUGUUGUUGAUGAUUUCUUCCUUCCCUUUUAGAGAGCUUUGGUUAGUGUUGAUGUUAUUCUGGGAAUAAAAAUCCAUUUGACUUGACUUGACUCUUGACCUCCUGUGUCAGUACUGUCAGUAAAAUGUAAUAAUUAGUAAAGAGGCUUUAACAUGCAGUCAGAAGACAAAGUGAAAAUAAGGUUUUGCCACAAGCAUGUUUCAUAUCUCAGGUCUAUCAUAAGAAACAAUGUGAUUAUACUGAUCAAACAAGUCACUCUGUGCUCAUUAGCUUUAUAGCUAACAUAACAUUAUAUAGCUAAACCUGUUUGCUAGUUCGAGUACCAAGGAGCUUAUUGAUGUUAACUAAUGUAUAUUAAAGUCUGUUCACAAAUGAGAAGCAUUUAUAUUUUCAGGGGUCGUUUGUCAUCCACUACAGGUCUUAGUUUUGACGGGAAUUGUAGUUAUCCUAAUAAAUUUGCCAAAUGGAAAGCAAAAGUCGUCAUUUAACAUCCAGGUUAGCCUCUGCUCCACUAGCAUCAGUAACUCAACGCAACUCCAAUUCAGCAUUUCUUCCAUCCAUUUGACAAAUUGUCAAAUAAAUAGAUAAAGGAAAAAAACAACUGACAACAUUUGUUAUUUAUGUAAGUAACAUAUACAACAGAGUCAAGUACUUUUUCAUUGAAACUCAAAUUAGCCACAGCCACAGACAAAGGUUUAUAACGUGAUCAGCUACAGCGACUUUACUCACUUAUAACUACAAGUCUCCGAGGUAACCUUCUAAACAUUUAUGUUUUUAAUUUUCUGAACAGGAAUCUGCUAUUUCAUUUUCUUUUUCAUUUCUUAGUUGAUAACAUAACAAAGAGUUAGGGCUGGUGUCUUACUGCUGCUCUUGAAGAAUAAAAACCCACAUUGACGGUGCUGGGGAAGGAAAUUCUGGCCUUGUUUGCUACAUAACUGCUCAACGUCUGACAGAGAUUGCCAGACAAAGCUCCACCUCCAACUCACCUGAGACUAACCAGGAAAUAGACUUGUUCCUCCACGACAGACUUUGAGAGACAGACAAUAAGAAUCUCUUCCAGACCAGAUCCACAACUUCCCCUGAGAGGAAACGAUACAACACAAAAUACUGGGAGCAACAUUUAACAGCGUUAUCCUGCUGAUGACUGCACACACAGACUGUGAUUUUAAAGAAGGAAGUGAAACAGCUCAGAGUGAUUAUAACUUUCAGGGAACUUUCUAGAGAAGGGAGUGGACUGGCUUCCUGUUUAGGGCUCUGUCUGGUCUCUGUGUUUUCAGCCUCACUGCAAGAGAAAAUGUCUUUCCGAUCACAGGAGGAUCUCUCCUGUCCAGUCUGCCAGGACAUUUUUAAAGAUCCUGUUGUCCUGUCGUGCAGCCACAGCUUCUGCAGAGACUGUCUGCAGAGCUGGUGGAGAGGGAAACCUAUACAGGAAUGUCCAGUUUGUAAGAGGAGAUCAUCAAGGAGUGAACCACCUCGUAACUUGGCUUUAAAAAACCUGUGUGAGACUUUCUUACUGGAGAGAGAGCAGAGAGCAGGAUCUGAGUCUGUCUGCAGUCUGCACUCUGAGAAACUCAAACUCUUCUGUCUGGACCAUCAGCAGCCAGUGUGUCUCGUCUGCAGAGAUUCAAAAACACACAACAACCACAGAUUCAGACCCAUCCAUGAAUUUGCACAGGAUCACAAAAAGGAGCUCCAGAAAUGUCUUAGGCCUCUACAGGAGAAACUGAAGCUGUUUGAACAAGUUAAAGGAAACUUUGAUGAAACAGCAAAACACAUUAAGGUCCAGGCCCAACACACAGAGAGGCAGAUUAAGGAGCAGUUUAAGAAGCUUCACCAGUUUCUAGAGGAGGAAGAGGAGGCCAGGAUCACUGCUCUGAGGGAGGAAGAGGAGGAGAAGAGUCAGAUGAUGAAGGAGAAGAUGGAGGCUCUGAGCAGAGAGAUAGCAGCUCUGUCACACACAGUCAGAGCCACAGAGGACGAGCUGAGAGCUGAAGACGUCUCAUUCCUGCAGAACUACAAAGUUACAGUGGGAAGAGUCCAGCAGCGCCCCCUGCUGGAUGAUCCACAGCUGCACUCAGGAGCUUUGAUAGAUGUGGCUGAACACCUGGGCAAUCUGACCUUCAACAUCUGGAACACGAUGAAAGAUGUGGUCUCCUACAGUCCUGUGGUUCUGGAUCCAAACACUGCUCAUCCAGAAUUCAUCCUGUCUGAGGAUCUGACCAGUGUGAGUCAUGGAGAGAGACAGAAGCUUCCUGAAAACCCAGAGAGGAUCGACUAUCACCGCUCUGUCCGGGGCUGGGAGGGCUUUAACUCAGGGAUUCACAGCUGGGAUGUUGAGGUUGGAGACAAUACAGCCUGGUUUGUUGGUAUGGCUACGGAGUCUGUCCAGAAAAGGGGACGAACAAAGUCUGGAUUCUGGCAAAUAGAGUUCUUCAGUGGUAGAUACAGCACACGCCUGUUAGGAUAUCCACCCGGUGUUCUCCGAGUGAAGAAGAAGCUCCAGAGGAUCAGAGUUCAUCUGGACUGGAACAGAGGAAAACUGUCUUUCUUUGAUCCUGACGCUAACACACACAUACACACCUUCACACACACUUUCACUGACAGACUGUUUCCAUGCAUAGGCACUUUGAAUGAACUCCCCCUGAAGAUGUCACAAGGCAAGAUCCUUGUAACCAGAGAAUGGAUCAGUGAGAGAUGAUUGUGAGGAUAAGCACAGAGGUGAUGUCUCGUAUUUCAAAGUACUACUGCCAAAUUUAGAUACAACCAGUUCUCUGUGUGGUCCUGAAAUCCAAUUGCACUAGCUGACCUCCUAUGUAUCCUUAAAAUGUUUUCCACUUAUUGUCCUGCUGCAGAAUGACUUUAGGAUUGAUCAGAGACCUCCCUCAUGUUAUUUCAUGUUGGAUAAGAAUCUCAACAUCUAAAGCACCUAAAACUUUUGCCUGGUACUAUACAAAAACAAAAAUGAUACUAGAAGAAAGCACAGACCUCCACCAAUGCCUGUGUCAAAGCACAUACACCAGACUUCAGAGAAGAAAAUUAAAAUCAAAACGAUUCACUUUGAUUCAACAAAAAAAAACACAAAAAAAACAGGCCUUAUAAGGUAUUAAAAGUCUUAAUUUUCCUUUAAGCUUAAAUAUUUUUUUCCUGCCGUAGACAGUUCCAUUGGUUGUUGCAUGUUUUGAUUGCAUACAUACAUUGUAUUGUACAAUAUCUGCCUGCUGUCGUUGCAUCAUAUGACCACUAGAUGGCGCCCCAGACUGUGAUUUGUUCAGCCUGAAAAGUGUAGAAACCUCGAGGUCAGUUUGUGGUUUUAUUUUAUUUGUUUCAUAUUUAUUUUCUUUCUUCAGCAUGUUCUUUAUCUAUUUCCCCUUUUUCCUUUGUCAUCCAAAUGUACAAACAUUAAAAUGGCAGUGAGAGUAAUCUAAACUCUUCUCUUCGUCACUGUCACUUUCCCGUUGGAUACUUGGGAGCAUUUUACUGUUUUUAGCUGCCUGUUACUUAUAAUAGAUUUGUUUCCCUGCUGUGGUGGUGCUACUUUUACUGAAGUAAAGGAUUUGAAUCACAGUCAGAUGCCCCAGUGUUCUGUGUGUCUCUGAUUACAAUGAAAUUUACAUUUUCACACUUUAGGUCACAUGUUAAGAUUCACAGUUUUGUUCUUGCUGCCUCUGGCUCUGGCCUGGGGGGGUAAGAUGUUUAAUAGUUAAUCCUGAUGAAGUCCUGCCAGGUUCACAAGGAGAGACUGACUUAGAUCUGACUGAUGGUCAAACUUCAGAUAGACGUUUCACAAAGCUGCGUAGCUCUUUCUUAAGUAAGACAAGAUUGUGAUAAAUUCUCGAUUAAUUAAGAUAAAGUUUCUGUCUGAAAUUACUCCCUUUUUACUGUAUAGUGCACUAUGUAUACUGGCUGAAAAAUGCAGUGUCCAUCUCAUGUGGCCUGUACAGCACUUUGUGCUGACAGUCUCACAAUGCAAUGCUCUGCUAAUGAAAGACUUCAACAUUUACAAUCUUAUUUUACAGGGAAAAUUCAGCGAGGAGUCUGAACCAAAAAGAAAAAUAAUUUUGAAAGACUUCAGUGGACAGGAACAUCAAAGUCAAAUAAGUGACAAUAUCCUCGCUGCUGUCUCUAACAACUGUUUCUUCUCUCAUGAAUCUUUCCACAACCUUGUUAAAUAAACCAGAUAUUAUCAGCAA